AACAUCAAAACCCUAGUACCGAAACUUCUCUAUUUUCCUUCCUCCUCCCAUUUAUGUUCUACGUACUAAUUCAAGGUUUUAGACGUGCUUUCCAGUUUCCACAACCAUAUUUAUUUCUUCCCCACAAUCCUAGCCAUCUUUUCAAAUUCGUCGACUUUACUGUUCCAUUCACAAUCAAUCAUGGCGGCUUCAAUGCAUUUCAAUGGCGUUAAAGCUCAUAUCAGUUCCAGAUUCGCACCAAAUCCGCUAUUGUUCAAUAAGAACAUCAAAUUUGGAGCUUCAAUUUGCUGCAAUGAAUUUCAAUUUAAAGAUUCAUCAUUUGAGAUUGUGAAUAAGAAGAGAAGUUUACGAAUUAAUUGUUUGAAGGUUGAAGAAAGGCAUAAUCUUAUUGACCAUAACGAAGAUCAAAAUGCAGAUACAGAGGUUCAGAAAUUUACAGUGGUUAUGAAAUUUGGUGGAUCAUCUGUGGCUUCUGCUGAAAGGAUGAAGGAAGUAGCUAGUCUUAUUCUCAGUUUCCCCGAGGAAAAUCCACUUGUUGUACUCUCUGCCAUGGGAAAAACUACCAACAACCUCCUCAAUGCCGGAGAAAAGGCGGUAAGCUGUGGGGCGUCCAAGGCGUCUGAUAUCCCAGAGCUCAGUUUUAUUAAGGAUCUUCAUUUAAGGACGGUGGACGAACUUGGAAUUGAUGUUUCAGUAAUUUCUUCACAUUUGGAGGAAUUGGAGCAACUAUUAAAGGGCAUUGCAAUGAUGAAGGAGCUGACGCAGCGCACCAGGGAUUAUCUUGUGUCUUUUGGUGAAUGUAUGUCCACCCGAAUUUUUGCGGCCUAUAUGAACAAAAUUGGUGCUAAAGCACGCCAAUAUGAUGCAUUUGAGAUUGGGUUUAUUACAACUGAUGACUUCACCAAUGCCGAUAUUAUGGAGGCAACCUAUCCAGCUUUAGCUAAAAGAUUAUAUGAUGAUUGGGCUGCUGAUCCUGCGAUUCCCAUUGUCACGGGUUUCCUUGGAAAGGGUUGCAAAUCUGGUGCUAUCACUACUUUGGGAAGGGGAGGCAGCGAUUUAACUGCUACAACCAUUGGCAAAGCAUUGGGCUUGAGAGAGAUCCAGGUGUGGAAAGACGUGGACGGUGUUCUAACUUGUGACCCUACAAUACAUUCUCGAGCUCAACCUGUACCAUACUUGACAUUUGAUGAGGCAGCUGAGCUUGCUUAUUUUGGGGCACAGGUUUUACAUCCACAAUCGAUGAGACCUGCUAGGGAGGGGGAUGUUCCUGUCAGGGUGAAAAAUUCAUACAAUCCAAAAGCUCCUGGGACUCUGAUUAACAGGGAACGCGAUAUGAAUGAGGUUCUACUGACUAGCAUAGUGUUGAAGCGGAAUGUUACCAUGUUGGAUAUAGUUAGUACUCGCAUGCUCGGUCAAUUUGGAUUCCUUGCAAAGGUAUUUUCAAUAUUUGAAGAUCUAGGGAUCUCUGUUGAUGUUGUUGCCACUAGUGAAGUCAGUAUAUCACUGACAUUGGAUCCGUCAAAGCUUUGGAGUAGAGAACUUAUUCAGCAGGCAAGAGAACUUGAUCGUGUUGUUGAGGAGCUAGAAAGGAUUGCAGUUGUCGAGUUGCAGCAAAACCGAUCAAUUAUCUCUCUCAUUGGAAAUGUGGAGUAUUCUUCUUUAAUUCUUGAAAAGGCAUUUCGCGUUCUUCGAAUGAACAAUGUCAAUGUCCAGAUGAUCUCCCAAGGGGCUUCCAAGGUCAAUAUAUCUUUGAUAGUAAAUGAUGAUGAAGCUGAAAAAUGUGUCAAGGCUCUUCAUUAUGAGUUUUUUGAGAGCAAUGAUGUUCCUGAAUUGCAUCUCCAAGCUGCAGGACCUGGAAAUGCCUCAGCAGUUCGUUUAGAUAACUGACGUCUUUGGAGUCUGUUCCGGACUCAGCCUUUAAUAUUUGAUUCUUUGUUGGCCCAUAGUUUUCGAAGCCUACAGUGCUUUUAGAGAAAUCGAUUUUUAUCAGUUCCUGAGCUGCAGUUUCGAAGGCCUCAUUGCUUGCGAUCUGAGGGAAACUAUUUGAGUUUUUUUUUCCGAAGGCCUCAUUGUUUGUACUAAUAAUUUAGGAUCUUCUAUUAUGAAAACUUAAGGGAAGUGAUUUUUUAGGUCGUCUAUUUUAACUUUAUUUAUAUAUAUCAUCAUCAUCCUACCCAGUGUAUCCUGUUCAUAGAAAAACUACGGACAUGGUCUGAGGUAACUUUAUUUAUAUGUAUUAAUAAGUAUUAGUUGUAAAAGUAUGCUAAACAAGGUUGCAAGUUGCAACAAUGUUCUUGCUGGUUUUCAAACGUUGUAUAAAGGGGAUAUGAAACUGAAAGCUCACUACCCUUGAGUCGAGGUGGCCACAAUACAGUACGACUCAAAGCCAACCAUGAACCGCUCCGGGUAAGCUA